AUGACGGCCGGAAUAGAUCAGCAACAAGUCUUGAGUAUGCUAGAAUCCUUUAGCUUCCAAGAUUCGUCGAAUAUGUUGAAUGGUCAGCAAUUCAUUCCUGGCAUUUUAGGAGGGCCAAUGGGUGGACAGUUCAUGAAUGGUCCACCUGGUUCUCAAUUUCAAAAUCAGAAUCAACAACAUAUGCAGGAUAUUUUCUCUUCUAACCAGGCCAAUAAUGCUAGUGGUGGCUCAGGAGGUUCUCAAUCUUAUUCUGAUACCCCUGCUCGUCAAGGCGGAGGAAGUCUUGCUCCUGGAGCCCCAAUUGCUCCUCCAAAUGGUAGCGAUUCUUCUGCUGGCCAGCAAACCAUCAUUAAUCAGGCUCAAGGAGGAGGAUUACCAUCAAUUGCUUCUGGAGGAAUUCAGUUCCAGUGCCCACGCCGACCAAAUCAUGGUGUUGAGGGAAGAGCCAUCAUGCUCAGAGCUAAUCAUUUCGCUGUGAGAAUCCCUGGCGGCACGAUUCAACACUAUACCGUCGAUGUCCAGCCUGAUAAGUGUCCUCGUCGUGUGAAUCGAGAAAUAAUUGCGUGUAUGAUUCGGUCUUUCUCAAAAUUCUUCAACAAUAUUAGGCCAGUAUAUGAUGGCAAACGUAAUAUGUAUACUCGUGAGCCUCUACCUAUUGGUAGAGAAAAAACAGAGUUCGAGGUCACCUUACCAGGAGAUUCGUCUGCUGAGAGACAGUUCACUGUAUCUGUUAAAUGGUGUAGUCAGGUAUCUCUUUCAACUUUGGAAGAUGCGAUGGAGGGACGGGUACGUCAAGUUCCUUUCGAAGCUGUUCAGGCUAUGGAUGUCAUUUUGAGACAUCUUCCAUCUCUCAAAUACACACCAGUGGGAAGAUCGUUCUUCUCACCACCAAUGAGUCCUCAUCAAUCUGCUCCUCAUGGACAAUAUCACACUGAAAGUAAGCUUGGUGGAGGACGUGAAGUUUGGUUCGGAUUCCAUCAGUCUGUCCGUCCAAGUCAAUGGAAAAUGAUGCUCAACAUCGACGUAUCUGCAACUGCUUUCUAUCGGUCUAUGCCUGUUAUUGAGUUUAUCGCCGAAGUGCUUGAAUUGCCUGUACAAGCACUAACUGAACGUCGAGCCCUGUCUGAUGCUCAAAGAGUCAAAUUCACAAAGGAAAUACGAGGUCUUAAAAUUGAAAUUACCCACUGUGGGCAGAUGAGACGCAAAUACCGUGUCUGUAACGUAACCAGAAGACCGGCUCAAACUCAGACAUUCCCACUUCAAUUGGAAACUGGUCAAACUAUUGAGUGCACUGUUGCCAAAUACUUCUAUGAUAAAUACCGUAUUCAGCUCAAAUACCCACACCUUCCUUGCUUACAGGUUGGACAAGAACAAAAGCAUACAUAUCUUCCUCCUGAGGUCUGUCAUAUCGUUGCCGGUCAAAGAUGCAUUAAAAAAUUGACUGAUACCCAAACAUCGACCAUGAUUAAAGCUACAGCACGCUCUGCUCCUGAACGUGAACGUGAAAUUUCAAGUCUCGUUCGCAAGGCAGAAUUUUCUGCUGAUCCAUUCGCUCAUGAAUUCGGAAUCGCUAUAAACCCAGCUAUGACAGAAGUCAAGGGAAGAGUACUUUCCGCUCCUAAGCUUCUCUACGGAGGACGUACUAAAGCAACUGCUCUCCCGAAUCAAGGAGUGUGGGAUAUGAGAGGAAAGCAGUUCCACACUGGAAUAGAUGUCAAAGUCUGGGCUAUUGCCUGCUUUGCUCAACAACAGCACGUGAAGGAAAAUGAUUUGAGAAAUUUCACAGCCCAGCUUCAGCGUAUUUCUAAUGACGCAGGAAUGCCAAUCAUAGGCCAACCCUGUUUCUGCAAAUAUGCUGUUGGUGUCGAUCAAGUAGAGCCUAUGUUCAAAUAUCUGAAGCAAACCUUCCAAGGAAUCCAACUUGUCGUCGUUGUUCUACCAGGAAAAACACCUGUCUAUGCCGAAGUAAAGAGAGUUGGAGACACUGUUCUGGGAAUUGCCACUCAAUGUGUGCAAGCGAAGAAUGUUAUCAAGACUACUCCUCAAACUCUAUCGAAUUUGUGUUUGAAGAUGAAUGUCAAAUUAGGUGGUGUUAACAGCAUUCUUCUACCUGCAGUGCGUCCUCGCAUUUUCAACGAACCUGUUAUUUUCUUCGGUUGUGACAUCACUCAUCCUCCUGCUGGAGAUUCUCGUAAACCCUCAAUUGCUGCUGUUGUUGGAAGCAUGGAUGCACAUCCUAGCAGAUAUGCUGCGACUGUUCGUGUACAACAACAUCGUCAAGAAAUCAUAUACGAUCUCACUUAUAUGGUCCGUGAACUACUUGUGCAAUUCUAUCGCAAUACUCGCUUCAAACCUACUAGAAUUGUUGUGUACCGCGAUGGUGUGUCGGAAGGACAGUUCUUUAACGUUCUUCAAUACGAACUUCGUGCAAUGCGUGAAGCUUGUAUGAUGCUCGAGAGAGGAUACCAACCGGGUAUUACUUUCAUCGCUGUUCAGAAGAGACAUCAUACAAGACUCUUCGCUGUUGACAAAAAGGACCAAGUCGGAAAAGCUUUCAAUAUUCCUCCCGGAACUACGGUUGAUGUUGGCAUCACCCAUCCAACUGAGUUCGAUUUCUAUCUUUGCUCGCAUGCUGGUAUCCAGGGAACAUCUCGUCCAUCACACUACCAUGUUCUUUGGGAUGAUAACGGUUUGACCGCCGAUGAGUUGCAACAACUCACAUACCAGAUGUGUCAUACUUACGUUAGAUGUACUCGAUCUGUAUCUAUUCCGGCUCCAGCUUAUUACGCACAUUUGGUUGCAUUCCGCGCUCGUUAUCAUCUUGUUGAUCGCGAGCACGAUUCAGGUGAAGGCAGUCAACCUUCGGGUACUAGUGAAGAUACUACUCUAAGUAAUAUGGCUAGAGCUGUACAGGUGCAUCCUGAUGCUAAUAAUGUGAUGUAUUUCGCUUAA